UUUGUAAAUGCGCAUGCGCGGGGUUUGUUGUCGCGGAAAUGGCGCUCCACACUCGGUCCCAGCGCUUCUGCUCCAGUCUGCUAUCCAGAUCGCGGCUCUUUUGUGGGUACUCCCCAGCCUCGAGCCGCCUGCUGUCCGAACAAGCGUCCGGUAAAGGCGCACCAUCCGCCGGGAACCCGGAGACCGUGGGGGACCAUCUCAUCUACACACACGAGCACCUGGCUCUCAAGCAGUCUCUCCGUAAGAUCAUAGACCAGGAGAUCAACCCUUAUGUGGACCAGUGGGAGGCAGAAGGCAUUUUUCCAGCCCAUAAAAUCUUCAAGAUUCUGGGGAAUGCCGGCUUCCUAGGAGUGAACAAGCCAGUGGAGUACGGAGGGCUGGGGCUAGACUUCAGCUACAGCAUGGCCGUGUCAGAGGAGCUGGGACACAUCCGCUGUGGAGGCGUUCCCAUGGCGAUUGGAGUGCAGACCGACAUGGCCACGCCUGCCCUGGCCAGGUUUGGCUCUGAGGCCCUGAAGAAGGAGUUCUUGCUUCCAUCUAUCCUGGGGGAGAAGGUGGCAUGCCUGGGCGUGAGCGAGGGGGGAGCUGGCUCCGAUGUCUCCAGCAUCAGGACGAAGGCCGUGAGAAAAGGAGAUGAGUACGUAAUCAACGGAGGCAAAAUGUGGACCACCAACGGCACCCAGGCAGACUGGAUGUGUCUGCUCGUCAACACCAGCGACGGGCUGCCCCAUAAGAACAAGUCACUCAUCUGCCUGCCCAUGAACCUGCCAGGAGUACACAUCGCCCGCUCCAUCAGUAAAAUGGGCAUGUGGUCCUCGGACACAGCAGAGGUGUUUUUCGAUGACGUCCGUGUGCCCUGCUCUAACGUGAUUGGUCAGGAGGGCAUGGGGUUCUCCUAUCAGAUGCUCCAGUUUCAGGAGGAGCGCCUCUGGGCUGUGGCCAACAUCAUGACCACAAUGGAUACCAUCAUCCAGGAGACAGUGGAGUAUACGCGGCAGAGGAAAGUGUUUGGCCAGCCCGUGCUCUCCCAUCAAGCUGUGCACUUCAGGCUGGCUGAGCUGCAGACCGAGGUUGAGCUGCUGCGUUCCCUCUUCUACAGAGCUGUGGCUCUGUACCUGAAGGGCAACGACGUGACCAAGCUGGCGUCCAUGGCUAAGCUGAAGGGGGGGCGGCUGGCUCGAGAAGUGGCCGACAGCUGCCUGCAGUUCUGGGGAGGGAUGGGCUACACCAGCGACGUCUUAGUCAGUCGCUUCUACAGAGAUGCCCGACUGAUGUCCAUAGGAGGAGGAGCUGAUGAGGUCAUGUUGGGAAUCAUCUGCAAGUACAUGGACACUCUACCCAAGAAGUGACCAGGUCAGCCUAGGGUUAGCUGCCAACUCAAGUGCACUUUGUCCUGAUACAUUUUUAUUUACUGAUUUUUAAGACUCUAACCCUGGAGCUGUUGUAUAAUUCAUAUUUGCUAAAACCUUAGACUGGUCAUUAAAAGGGCAGGGUAAUCUUUUUGAAAUGGUUAUCAAGCCACUCACAAAAUAUAUCUGACAUUUUUCCUGCAUAUUAUACAAUGCAGAUUUGAUCCUAUUAAAAAUACACAAAAGUCUCUUAAGUCUGAACUUGUCCAAUUAUUGAAGUUCACCGUGUGUUCUUAACCUGGUUUGUAUUAAAGAACAUCCAUCCAUUUUCUUCUGCUUAUCCGGAGCCGGGUCACGGGGGCAGCAGUCUAAGCAGGGACUCCCAAACUUCCCUCACCCCGGACACGUCCUCCAGCUCCUCCGGUGGGACCCCAAGGUGUUCCCAGGCCAGAGAGACAUAGUCCCUCCAGCGUAUCCUGGGUCUUCCCCGGGGCCUCCUCCCGGUGGGACAUGCCCAGAACACCUCCCUAGGAAAUUCUGUGGUUUUCGUCCUGGUCGUGGAACACUGGACCAGCUUUAUACUCUCCAUCGGGUCCUCGAGGCUCAUGGGAGUAUGCCGAACCAGUCCACAUGUGUUUUGUGGAUUUGGAGAAGGCAUUCGACCGUGUCCCUUGUGGUGUCCUUUGGGGGGUGCUCCGGGAGUAUAGGGUCCGGGGCCCUUUGCUAAGGGCUGUCCGGUCCCUGUCUGACCGGAGCAGGAGCUGUGUUCGCAUUGCCGGCAGUAAGUCAGACCUGUUCCUGGUGCAUGUUGGACUCCGCCAGGGCUGCCCUUUGUCACCGGUUCUGUUCAUUAUAUUAAAGAACAUGCAAAAGUGAAAACGUAAAAAAGACCUCUACAAGUAUGCUCUGAAAUGUCCGUGUCUUAUUCUAUGUAAAAGCUGCUAACCAUAUAGUUCAGACCUCUACAACAUGUUUAUUAAGUUUGCAGCAGGGCUGAAACCAUGUAUUCACUAUCAAAACAAUUGUAGUAUGCAGACUCUAAAUCACAUAUGAAAAGACCUAUUAGAAACAUUUCUAUUUAAUAAUGUUACUGUCUGUGUUAUGAAUCUCCUUCAUUUGUAAAUAUUCUCUACAUAGAAGCCUUCAUUUUCACACUUCAUUUGGGUGAUAAUGUACUUAAAAGGUCCAAUGUUCAAUGUACAAUAGAAAUAUUUUUUUCUUUUGGCUAGUCAACUGCUAAAAUAGCCAUUAGUUGCAGCCCUACUGCACAACCUUGCAUGACUUAUCAUUCAGUACAUGACAGAUGGAGUAAUACUUUUUUUAGGGUCAGUAUUUAUCGUGGGAACUUUUACCCUGUACUAGUGGAAACAUUUACACACAUGGACAAAAUUGUUGGUACCCUUCGGUUAAUGAAAGAAAAACUCACAAUGGUCACAGAAAUAACUUGAAUCUGACAAAAGUAAUAAUAAAUACAAAUUUUAUGAAAGUUAACCAGUGAAAGUCAGAAAUUACUUUUCAGCCAUGCUUCAACUGAAUUAUUAUUAAAAAAUAAACUCAUAAAACAGGCCUGGAAAAAAAAUUACGGUACCCUUAACUUAAUAUUUAGUUGCACAACCUUUUGAGGCAAUCACUGCAAUCAAACGAUUCCUGUAACUGUCAAUGAGACUUCUGCACCUCUCAGCAGGUAUUUUGUCCCACUCCUCAUGAGCAAACUGCUCCAGUUGUCUCAGGUUUGAAGGGUGCCUUUUCCAGACGGCAUGUUUUGGCUCCUUCCAAAGAUGCUCAAUAGGAUUUAGCUCAGGGCUCAUAGAAGGCCACUUUUGAAUAGUCCAGUGUUUUCCUCUUAGCCCUUCAUGGGUGUUCUGAUCUGUGUGUUUUGGAUCAUUGUCCUGUUGCAAGACCCAUGACCUGUGACUGAGACCAAGCUCUCUGACACUGACCAGCACAUUUCUCUCUAGAAUCCUUUGAUAGUCUUGAGAUUUCAUUGUACUCUGCACAGAUUCAAGACACCCUGUGCCAGAUGCAGCAAAGCAGCCCCAGAACAUAACAGAGCCUCCUCCAUGUUUCACAGUAGGGACAGUGUUCUUUUCUUGAUAUGCUUCAUUUUUCCGUCUGUGAACAUAGAGCUGAUGUCCCUUGGCAAAAAGUACCAUUUUUGUCUCAUCUGUCCAUAGGACAUUCUCCCAGAAGCUUUGUGGCUUGUCAACAUGUAGUUUGGCAAAUUUCAAUCUGGCUUUUUUAUGAUUUGUUUUAAACAAUGGUGUCCUCCUUGGUCGUCUCCCAUUAAGUCCACUUUGGCUCAAACAAUGACAGAUGGUGUGAUCUGACACUGAUGUUCCUUGAGCUUGAAGUUCACCUUUAGACGUUUUUCUGGACUCUUUUCCAUGUUGAGUGUGGUACACACCAUAUCAAACAGCACAGUGAGGACCUGUAGCCCACUGAAUGAUUACAAGAUUGUAGACACCUAUGAUGCUGAUUAGUGGACUGAUUAUUUUCAGUCUUUUCUAUGGGUACCAUCAUUUUUGUCCAGGCCAUGAGUUUAUUUUUUUAUAAUUCUGUUGAAGCAUGGUUGAAAAGCAAUGUCUAACUUUCAUUGGUUAAAUUUCAUAGAAUUUUUUUAAAAUAUUUGUCAAAUUCAAGUUAUUUCUGUGACCAUUGUGAGUUUUUCUUUCAUUAACCGAAGGGUACCAACAAAUUUGUUCACAUGUGUAGGUAAUUUUACUGUGCUACUAAGAGAUUUGAACUAUAGCCUUGGCUCAUUAUAGAUACAAACUACGUAAGUGGUGCAUCCUGUCAUUUAUUUACUGCAGCUUGGGUUGUUUUUGUUUUUUUAACAAUUUUGUACAUUAAGAAUACUUUUUGGGGAUAUUUCUACUUUAUGAUUUGGUCUCAAUAUUAUUAUUGUCUAGAUUUACUUCAGUGAUAUAUCGCACUUCAAUACAGAUCUAUACAAUACAGCAUGUUUGUAAAAUAA